UCAUGAAUACAAAACAAAAAAGUGUUGCUUAAUUAUUCUACAGAAGCUUAUACAAUAACUCUCAUGGUCUCUUAAAGUAAAGAAUGAGAGAUCUUGUGCCAGUUAAACAAGCUUUACUCCGUGAUGUGAGAAAGAGAUAUGGAUCCAAAGAAAUCUGUAAGGUGACAGUUGACCAAGCCAUAGGAGGUAUGAGAAAUGUGUUUGGUUUGUUUUAUGAUGCAUCAUUGUUGGAUGCUAAGACUGUAAUGAUUUAGAAUUUAAAGUUCUUAGGGUAUCACAAUGAGAGAUUACAAUAUUCCAGAAUUACAAGAGUAUCUCUAAAAAGCUGAGAAUGGUCAUGAGCCUCUUCCAGAAGCUUUAUUCUGGUUACUAUGUACAGGUGAUUUUCCAUGUAAUAUGAUUCAUUAAUAUUUUUAGCUGAACAAGAAUUCGCUGAUGUACAAUAGGAAUGGAAAUAGAGAGGACAAUUGGAUUCAUAAACACAAAAUUUUAUUUUGAGUUUACCAAAAUCAGCCCAUCCAAUGACUAUGUUAUCACAAACUCUAUUGUAUCUAUAGAAAGAUUCCCUUUUCUAAUAAGCUUAUGAUUAAGGAAAAGUCUCAAAGCCUUAAUAUUGGGAAUAUUUCUAUGAGGAUGCUAUGGAUUUGUUAGCCAAAAUUCCAAGAGUAGCUGCUCUUAUAUAUAGACAUAAAUAUAAGGUAUAUAGAUUGUUAUAAUGUAGAAUGGAGAAAUUAUCUCAUCUGAUGAUAAUUUAGAUUGGGCUGGUAAUUAUGCACACAUGCUUGGAUACAAUAAAUUUGAAGUUCGAGAAUGUUUAAGAGGAUAUUUAAGCAUCCAUGCUGAUCAUGAAGGAGGUAAUGUGAGUGCCCAUACAACACAUUUGGUUGGUUCAGCAUUGGCAGAUCCAUAUUUGUCAUAUUCUGCUGGUGUCAAUGGUUUAGCUGGUCCAUUACAUGGUCUUGCUAAUUAAGAAGUGCUUAAAUGGUUAUUAGAAUUGAAAGUAUUUCAAUAUAUUAAAUAUAUAAUAGGAAGAAUUAGGUGAUAACAUUUCAAAUGAAAAAAUUCAAGAUUAUGUGCUUACUACAAUUAGAGAAGGUAAAGUUAUUCCAGGAUAUGGACAUGCUGUUUUAAGAUAUACUGAUCCACGUUUCAUUCAUCAAAAAGAAUUUGCUGCUAGACACAUUAAAGAUGAUCCUUUAGUUGAUUUAGUUAGAUAAUGUUAUCAUGUAAUCCCACCUGUUUUGAAAACCAUUGGAAAAAUUUAGAAUCCAUGGCCGUAUUUAUUAUUUAUUAUCAUAGAAAUGUUGAUGCACAUUCUGGAGUAUUGCUCUAUCAUUAUGGAAUGAAAGAAUUCCAAUACUACACUGUAGUAUUUGCUGUCUCAAGAGCAUUAGGAUGCAUGGCUAAUCUUAUCUGGUCCAGAGCAUUCGGAUUACCAAUUGAAAGACCAGGAUCCAUUACUAUGAGAUGGAUUGAAGAGAAGUAUGGUGAAAACUAAAACUUAAAAUGAG